AGCAUUCGAGGAAUUGAGUGAUAUGUCGUCGACUCUUUUACAUUCAAUAAUUGUAAUAGAAAUUCACAAUGGCUUCAUUCAUUAAACCAUCGAUGCUCAGGCAGACUUGCCUCGCCGCGUCGAAGCGUAAUUUCUCUACAAAAGUCUCUUCCAGUUUCCCCGCAAUCAACAAGCCCGCCGCACGCAGCGCUUUUGUCAGAGAUGCAUUGCCAGGUUCAAUGCGUGUAGCGGCAUUCCAUGCAAGUGGCAGACAAUCAAUUCUACCCCCAUUACCUCGUGAGCUUCUUCUAUCGAUCUACUAUAUCUAUUGCUAACUACGUCGUAGAAUCUAUUGAUGGCACAUGUACGUGGAUUUACCCUUGGACUAGCCCACCUUAAACUAAUAGUUUAUAUAGCAAACGACGCAGCACCCGUGCCUAAACCAUCCCCAUCCCACGGCUCAUACCAUUGGACAUUCGAACGUUUAAUUGCCGUCGGUCUCAUCCCUCUCACAGUUACACCUUUCGUUUCCGGAUCAUUGAAUCCAGCUACAGAUGCUAUCCUUUGCGCCGCGAUCCUCAUCCACUCACACAUCGGUUUCGAAUCUUGCGUUAUCGACUACUUUCCAAGAAAGAGGGUGCCAAAGACGAGGGCGCUGUUUUGGUGGGGUCUGAGAGGAGCAACUGUUUUGGUUGGAAUUGGAUUGUAUGAGUUUGAAACAAAUGAUGUGGGACUUACUGAGGGUAUUAAGAGGAUUUGGCACGCAUAAUUCGCAGGAGGGAGUUCGUAUUAUUUGAAAACAAGCAAAUGCAUGCAGUACAAUAUCAAGACUGUCAAACAGAUGUUCUUUUCAGGCCCUGACAUGUGGAAUUGACAUUUUCCCAGGAUAUCGAGUCCAUGCAGC